GUCGGCUGCCGUGAUCGCGUGCGGACGUGUCAGCCAAUACGAAAACGCCUCGCUCGUAGGAAAACGAAGACGACGAACUGAAAAUUUGUCUAAAUAAACUGUGCUCCGUUUCGUGCUAAGCAUUUUCACAGAGAUAUAUCCGGCUUCAGAAACCGUGACCGAUACGGUUUCGCGGACGUUACAUUGUUUAUACUUCGGCUAUAUAGUGCAAAAUGUGAUGUUUGUAAUAUGUGUGCUCGACGACUGUUCCAUUCCGUGUAACAUUAAAGUGACGUAGUGUGCUUAUAAAUUGGAAACUAAAACUAUUUCAACGCAUACGGAUUACAUUUCAAUCAGAAGCAGCGGGGAUGACAGUUCGACGUUACGGACAGUGUUCCUGGUAAGACAGCCUCAGGAUUUUCUCAUGAAAGAGAACACAAACGCAACGAUACAACAAAGAUUACAAACCUAGACUGGUUUAAAUAUGCAAACGGAAUCAAACCGCAGGACAUGUGAGGUAUAUCAUCAGAACAUACCCGGUCGAUCUGAAUAAACGCCAAAAGACAACCGACACAGUGAAUGUAGCUAACAGCCUAGAAGCGUACAUCAUGCGAGCGAAAACAUCUCAGAAAACGAACAGUGAUAUAAUGAGAAGAACAGCGAUGGCGCCAUUGCGAUAUGCCCACGUGAUUUUUGCCUUCCUUGCCGCUAAUUAUAUCAUGGUGCUGUUGAUGUUGCUACAACUACUCGCGUGGUGCAGUGGUGCGGCCGCUCUAGCGAACUGCCCAAUAGGCUGCAACUGCAACGACGACACGCUCGUAGUGGUAUGCGAGGAGAGCCGACUCGACGUACUACCGAUAGCACUCAACCCAUCCAUCCAACGUUUAAUUAUCCGCAACAACAAAAUCAAAACUAUCGACAGCUCAAUGCAGUUCUACACGGAACUCCAACACUUAGAUCUCUCUCAGAAUCACCUCGUGAAUAUACCAGUAAAAAGUUUUUCAUAUCAACGGAAAUUGCAAGAAUUGCAUUUAAACCACAACAAAAUAUCGUCCGUGACGAACGCAACAUUCCAAGGCUUGAACUCUUUGACCGUGCUGAAUUUGAAACGCAACUUCUUACAGGAACUAACGAACGGCGUUUUCGCAACGUUGCCUAGACUUGAGGAGCUAAACUUGGGACAGAACAGCAUCUCCAAAAUCGAUUCACGAGCCUUUGCGGGUCUUACGGCGCUUAGAAUACUUUACUUGGAUGAUAACGCACUAAGUUCCGUGCCGACAGCAUCAUUCAGCCUCUUAGGCAGUCUAGCCGAACUCCACGUUGGUCUCAAUGCGUUCUCAUUCUUGCCCGAUGAUGCAUUUGCUGGUUUGAACCGAUUAACCGUACUAGACUUAAAUGGAGCUGGGCUCUUUAACAUUAGUGACAAUGCGUUCAGAGGUCUUCCUGGACUUAGAAGUUUAAAUCUCGUUGGCAACAGAUUAAGUGUUGUACCGACACAACAAUUAGGCGGUCUUACUAGAUUGGAAGAACUAUAUAUCGGUCAAAACGAUUUUUUGACACUCGAAAGUCACUCUUUUAAGGGUCUAAAGAAUUUGAAGUUAAUCGAUAUAACAGGCGCAACCCAACUAGAAAGAGUAGAACGUGGAGCAUUUGAAGACAACGUCAAUUUGGAAUCCGUGAUUGUUGUAAAUAAUAAAAAGCUAUCUGUGGUUGAAGAAUCUGCACUCAUUGGACUUUCUAAGCUCAAGCACGUUUCUUUGAGAGAUAACGCAAUAACAACACUAAGCGAAUCUGUAUUCGUUGGAAAAGAACUCAAACAGCUUGACAUAACGGACAAUCCUAUAUUCUGUGACUGUCAAUUGUUGUGGCUACAAAGCCUUAUGAAUGACAAAAGCAACUUUACCCAAAUCCAGUGCGCUAGUCCUGAACAUUUAAAACACAAGUAUUUGAGAACAUUAAGCGCCGAUGAUCUGGGAUGUGUACUCCACGAUUCACGACAGCAGACUAUCAUUUGUAUCGUGGUAGUAGCUUGCGUCGCCAUAUUAGCAACACUUGUUCUGAUACUCUAUAGAUAUCGAAAAAGUAUGCAAGAAAAGCUAAAAGAUUAUAAAUGGAAUAAGGGACGUAAAAACUUAGACUACCACAAACCAAUAUCAACCGAAGAAGACUGCAUCGUGCGUGGCAUCCAUCCUUCUCAAUACCCCGCUCCCCCACCGCACACCCCCGGCCUCAGGCCAAUUCCGGUGACGGAACUGUAGCUAGAGCUUUACGCCUCUCCGAGCGUGUUCUUCAUGUCGGGCGGCCAGGGCUCCGCGCGCCGGCCGCACCGCUCGGGAGGCGGCGGUACGCUGCCCGCCAACGGCUUCACGUACAUCGGUGGCGAGGGCCGGCCGCAUCAACCACUCACCCUGAACAAUGGCGCACCAGCCCAUCAUCUCAACAAUGGCUCCUUGCGCUCCUUGCCCGAUAAAAAGAACAACCGGAACGGCGUCGUUUGUCAUCCAGAAAACUUCCAACGAAACCUGGACACUCGCUACUGUAGAAAACAAGAGAACGGGUACAUACGCAAUUCCGAAACGAUAAUCGGAUUCCCGCGGAACGACCGGGAAUACGAACGCGACCACGUGGAGUACAGUGAGCCAGAGUACUCUAUCAUCCCGGAGGCGUACGGCCGCGAGGAGUACCCGCGCUCCUGCUCGCACUCCAAUACCUUCAACUGUUGAAGGCGCGCCUUGUUCUAUAACAAUCAUUUGUGAUCUUGCAAUCCUAGCAAUAAUUCUUCAUUCCAUUAUGUUUUCGUAUUCGGAGUGGCAACAGUGUCGAGACGUAGUGCUCUAGAGCGGUUAGUGACAUUAGUGUAACGGGUGUGGUGUAUGUACUAUGACCAGUGAGGACUAUCCUAUAUCGUAUUCGGUUUAAAGAAUUCUUAUUUGUAUUUUGUAAGUUUAAGUAGUGAUGCGUCUAUUUUUCAACAAGGACGAUGAAGAGAAGCUUGAAAGUGAAACUUUCAUUCGAUUUAUAUGGUACAAUGUACAGACUAGUCGGUGGGGGGGUGAGGGGAGAGGGGCUCCCAUAAUCAUGUACAUCAUGAAAUGUUGUGAUUUGUAAUUAUUUCUACCAGUGCGGUGGAUUUUGUAUUUCAUUUUGUACAAAAAACCAUUCCAUAAAUCUUUUUAAUGUUUAAAUAAUUAUAAUUUAUGUAAAAUUUAGUGUGCAUUAAAAUAAGACACCAAUAUGAAGAAAAAAAAUUAGUACUAAUGAAUGUAAAUAUAUUUAUACUAUAUUGAGAUAUUUAUAAAAUUUAAUAUGAUCUUGUUCUUCUAAAUUUAAUGUGAAAUUGUUUCGGUAUUUCGUAUUGUUUGCUGUGUCGACUGAUGGUAUCCUAGAGGUUGUCUUUAUGUCAGACAUUUCUUGACAAAAUAAACACUUCAUACUAAGUAGAUAUUAAGCACCUCCUGUUUCAAAUAUCCUCACUCUUAUAAACUUCCUUAUGCUCAAUCUUAAUUAUAAUAUUUCAUAAGUUUGAUGUAAAAAAUCUAAAUGACUAAAUAAUACUAUCAUGUUUGACGCAAAACUACUCUUUUCUUGAGCUACUUGUCUUUUACAAUGACAUUUGAUUUGGUUACAAAAUAACAAGAAAACUUCAUGAUAAACGGAAGAAUGUAAAAUAUUUUAUUGCAUUAACAGUAUUUUUCAUCUCACAACAAUUGCACAUUUAGGUAAUGAAUUAAAUUUUAUUAAUCGAUGGUGGUCCCUGCUAUGAAACUACAAAAAUACCUCAAAAGAUUGUUGAAUUUUAAAUAAAAUAAUUGCAUUAAACUAGCAGACUCUGGGGGCAGAGCGUUGUCCUACUCCCAACCUUAAAAAAACUUAGCACAGUAGAAGACAAAAUACUACCAUAUGUUCUGUAUUGAAGAAGUACUAAUCUGAGAAGGUACUAAUUCCAACGGCAACGUGACCGAAAACAGAGUAGGGAUAGGUAGACAUUAGUUGUCUCUGGAUUGAUAAUUAUGUUUUUUGUGCAGUCGUAGCAUCAUACACAGCUAUGACUAUUUGAAUGAAUGUUAACGUUUUAAAUUUCUUUUUACCCUUUACAUUAGCACAUUUAUACUUUAUUCAAACUUUUCAAGAUAACUCAUUACAAGUAAAUCUCUUUUAAUUAUUCCUGCUCUUAGUCCAAAAAUUUAGGGGGCUCAACCAGGGAAUGUCCCUAUAUAAUAUAUUAUUAUAUGAAAAAUAGUUACAUUGCAAUCUGUUUAUAAACUAAAGUUAAUACGACUAUUAGACAUUAUUGUUUUAUUCACGAAAACAAACUGUGACAGUUAAAUUCGACUAGUAGAAUUUACCUAGUCAAAAUUAAAUGCGAGCUCCAAAAAUAUGGUAUGGGAAUUUAGUAUUGCUAUUCACUCAGUAAACCUUUUAAUUUUAUUUCAUAAAACAUUAUCAUUAAUUAAUCGCAGUUACCCAAUUAACAAUAAAAGAGACUCACAAAAAUAUUAUUCGAUCUCUCAUUUCAAAUAAAUGCUGAAAUUGUAAAUCAAAGUAAACUUGACAUAUCGUGGUUGUCAAGCAGCUUCUGCUAUGUGCAAAUACCUUUAAAGUACCUAUACUUUGAGAUUUUGAUUGUGUGUGAAAUAUAUGAAACAGAUUUUAAUAAUCUAUUGCUUAGUCAUAUAGAAGUCUAUACGAAAAUGUUAUUAGUAAACUAGUCGUAAAAGUCAAAAUUUCAAAAUCUCUAAAAAGUGCACAGCAGAUAUUGUUUUGACAACAACCUUAUUUCGAAUUAAAGGAUUGUGUAGGUUUCAAUAUUUUUUCCUAACGUCAUAAAAUGAGAAUACUUUAAUAAAUCGUGUGCACUUACUAAUAAGAUAAAGACAUUGUGUAGAUACUUUACCGUAUUAGAUGGAGACGUCUUUCACUCUUAUGGUUUCUUAAAUCUUUAUACUUUUCAUAUAAUUUAAAAUGUAUAUAAGAUUCAAAGACUAAGCAAUAUUGGCAUUAUGCCUGGUGAAUGCCUAAACGAUGUAUACAAGGGAUAUGAAUACAUAUGAUGAAAAUGUGAUUAGAGUUAUUCAAUACGAUGUAAUAGAGAAAAAUAAAUAAUGUCUGUUCUUUAUUGUAGUUAUUACCUUCAUACAAACUCGAUAAUAUAACAUACCUCAAAUUGAA